AUGGCGGACACAUCAUCCUCGCACGCCGAGCCGCCCGCUCAGGCCGUAUCCAAGAACAAGCGCCACCGCAAGGACAAGCCAUGGGACAACGACACGAUCAACCACUGGGAGGUACCCAAGUUCACGCCCGACGAGAUCAAGGGCCCGUUUCUGGAAGAGUCGUCGUUCGCCACGCUGUUUCCCAAGUACCGCGAGCGCUAUCUCAAGGAGGUUUGGGGACAUGUGACGUCUGCGCUGGACAAGCACGGUAUUGCGUGUACGCUCGAUUUGGUCGAAGGUUCGAUGACGGUCAAGACGACGCGCAAGGCGUAUGAUCCGUACAUUGUGCUCAAGGCGCGCGACAUGAUCCGUCUGCUGUCGCGAUCGGUGCCCUUCCCGCAAGCGGUCAAGAUCCUCGAAGACGGUAUCGAAUGUGACGUGAUCAAGAUCGGCAAUCUUCUCCGCAAUAAGGAGAGGUUCGUUAAGCGAAGGCAGCGCAUCAUUGGUCCGAAUGGUAGCACGCUCAAAGCGAUCGAACUUUUGACGGGCUGUUAUGUUCUUGUCCAGGGAAAUACCGUGUCGGCAAUGGGCCCGUUCAAGUCGCUCAAGGAGGUACGCCGUAUCGUGAUCGACUGCCUCAAGAAUGUCCACCCCAUUUAUCACAUCAAGGAGCUCAUGAUCAAGCGCGAGCUCGCCAAAGACCCCAAGCUCGCCGAGGAGAACUGGGAGCGCUUCCUGCCCAAGUUCAAGAAGCGGAACGUCAAACCCAAAAAGCCCACCGAGGGCGAGCAGAAGAAGGACAAGAUCAAGCCAAAGACCUAUACGCCCUUCCCGCCACCGCAGCAGCCGAGCAAGAUCGAUCUGCAGCUCGAGAGCGGCGAGUACUUCCUCAAGCCAAGACAGAAGAAGCACGCCGAGGAGCAGAAGAAGAUCGCGCACCAGCAGGAGCAGAAGGAGAAGAGGGAGGCGGAGAGGCAAAAGGCGUUUGUCCCGCCCACCGAGCCAACGCCGUCAAAGAGGAAGCGCGACGAUCAAGACGACGAGGAGCCACAAAAGGAGAAGAAGGAGAAGAAGGAGAAGAAGCACAAGUAG